ACAUCAGCUGGUCAAAACAUUUUUCCAAUUGCAGUUUUUCAUUUUAUUUACUUAUAAUAUAAUAGUUCAAAGAACUGGCGGUUAAUCAUGGAGAUUCCGGAUACCUACUACAGCAAAGAUGAAUACGUGGAGACGGCCUCCGGGAACAAAGUUAGUCGCCACACGGUGCUGUGUGGAUCGCAAAACAUCGUUUUGAAUGGCAAAGUGAUCGUACAGAGCGGCGCCAUUAUACGCGGCGAUCUGGCCAACGUCCGGACAGGAAGAUUCUGUGUGAUUGGCAAGGACUCCGUCAUCCGACCGCCGUACAAACAGUUCAGCAAGGGAAUCGCCUUCUUCCCCAUGCACAUCGGGGAUCACGUCUUCGUGGGCGAAGGAGCCGUCGUUUCGGCGGCCACCAUUGGAUCCUGCGUUUACAUUGGCAAGAAUGCCAUUAUCGGUCGCCGCUGUGUCCUAAAGGACUGCUGUGUGAUCGAGGAUGGGGCGGUGCUGCCGCCAGAAACCACUGUGUCCAGCUACAUGCGCUACACGGCGAGGGGAACCAUUGAGGGCGGGCAGGGCAAUCCGUAUUUCGUGCCCGCCGCCAUGCAGGACGAGAUGAUCAACUACACAAAGUCAUUCUACGAGCAUUUCGUGCGAGCUCCAGCACCAGCCAGCUGAAAGUCAUAGAUUCAUUGUAUUUACAGGAACUGCAGUGUUUACAAGUGCUGCAGAGGUUCCUGCCAAUUCCAUCGACAGAAAACAUUAUUUAUGAAAUAAACACGUAUUAGGUAUUCUAUAA